CCGGAGAAAGAAAAUAUCCUUGGAAACCACAUGUCCAUAACAUUGAUGAAACUCACUAUCUGUAUCGGUAUCAAUUUGAUUGCCUCACUCGUGCAAAGCUUCACUAUCUGACGUGUCACAUCAUUGACCCGAGGUUGUUCGGAAGCAUUUGUUGGGCGACCUUCUUAAAAGAAAUAAGUUUUACAUAAUUUUAAGACCGAAAUUCGCAAUGAAAAAUCAACAGGUGAUCCCUGAUUACGCCGCCAUGGUCAAAACUUCCGGCACCGUUCUUUGUCUGGUCCUUUCCGGAUGGGUUUUGUUCAGAUUGGUCCAAGCCGUUUUCUGGCUGCCGGGACAUUUGGAGAAAACAGGUGGAAAACUUUACGAACGGUUGGAUAAAGGUGCCAAGGUGAAUGUCACAUCCGGGGAUCAGAAGCAGAAAAAGAAGAAGGAUAAGGACUCGGACGAUGACGAGAAAGAUAUCGAUGAUGACGCAUCUAGCAUUGCCGAAGAAGCCAAACAAGACGAGGAUCAAGAGUCCGAAAAUGACGAAACCAGCGGCCUUAUUUCGGAUAGCAAAAAGAAAAAAUAAGUAGCAAAAGUUUUUGGAUUUGUAAAUCGUCUUUUCCGGUACACUGUUUUAUUUUCUUUUGUUAAAUACACAAACAUAUAGUACCUACUUUCUAAAUUGUAUUACGAUGCGAACUUUCGCACUCAGGCUUUCAUCUUUUAACUAGAUUUCACUUCCCUUUUGUGUAUUAUUAGAUUACCGUUUUUUGUUACUUAUUUGUCUGUAUCUACACUACGCGAUAUUUUGUUUUUAUUUUAAGAACAACUUGUGGUCAAUCACAAAUAAGAAAUUAGAACUAAACUCUAUCAACUAACUACAUACUUGUAGGGGUAGUGCUUUAGAAUAGAUAACGUUAUUUUUGUUUCAUUCUCCGAGAGAGAAGAAAAACCCUACAAUACAUAAACUACCUACUAUUUGAACUAAUACGCACAAAACUAAAACGAAGGUAACGAAGGUGGAUUAAACUAUACACACCAUAACUAUGCUCUAAAACCGUCAUAAAUGCCUACUCAAAUCUGAAGCAGGUAGUAGAAUUAGAAGUCGACAUAAAAGAACUAAAUGUGCCUUUCCAAAAAAAAAAAAAAAAUUAAUCGAAAACCAAAUGUUUGAAGAAAAUUUAAAUAAAAAUUCGAAACGUAACUUCUACAGCAACAAAAAACUAUUCGAUCCGAAUUAUAAAUCAUUUUUAUACGUACGAAUGUAUUUGGACUACUCUAA